ACGACGUUUGAUAGUUAUCUGUGGUUUGCAUCCAAAACAAAAUGCACUUUUUUACCUAUGCUACUUCGCUUUGCUUGGAUUAAUGGCUGCGAGUGUAAAGAAUCUAAUCUAAAUUACUGCUUAAAAGUAGUAAAUGUAAUCAUUUAUUAUUCAGCGUCCUGAAAACAUCAUUUUAUGUGUUUCGAUUGUGUGUCAUUAUGACUUCAUUUUAUCAUUAUUGCUAGGAGCAGGUGAGGUGAAUUCGCUUGUCAAUAAUCAAACAAAAGUAAAGAUGAAUGAAUGAGUUAUUACCGGGAUAUUGAUAUUCUGCGACCAUGAACGGAUAAAUAAUCUUGUGAUUUUGAAAUAAUAAUGCGGAGUUCAAUAUGAAGGAGAUGGUAGGAGGAUGCUGUGUGUGCUCAGACGAGCGUGGUUGGCCGGACAACCCGUUGGUCUACUGCGACGGGAACGGAUGCACAGUUGCAGUUCAUCAAGCGUGCUACGGUAUAGUGACAGUGCCAACUGGCCCAUGGUACUGUAGAAAAUGCGAGAGUCCAGAAACCAAAGGGAAAGUGCGAUGCGAGCUGUGUCCCUCUAAAUCUGGUGCUCUCAAACGAGCCGAUACUGGAGGCUGGGCUCAUGUUGUCUGUGCACUUUACAUACCCGAGGUCCGAUUCGGCAAUGUCACGUCUAUGGAGCCAAUUGUUUUAAGACUGAUUCCGCCCGAGAGAUACAAUAAGAAUUGCUAUAUUUGUCAAGAAUCUGGAAAAACUCAUAGAGCUACUGCUGGCGCGUGUAUGCAGUGUAACAAAUCUGGGUGCAAACAGCAGUUCCACGUGACUUGCGCUCAGAGCCUGGGCCUGCUCUGCGAGGAGGCCGGCAACUACCUGGACAACGUCAAAUAUUGUGGCUACUGCCAACACCAUUACAGUAAGCUGAAAAAGGGCGGAAACGUGAAGACCAUCCCACCGUACAAGCCAGUGUCGCAUGACAGCCCGUCCAGUGACUCCAGCUGUGAGAAGGAGGGCGACGGCGACGCGUCGCCCAUGGCUAGCGGGAGCGGGACCCCUACACAUGCUGCUAAGCCCAAGGGGCCUGGUCGAAAAUCAGGUGGUGUCUCGGGAAAGAACACUCCUAAUUCAUCGAAGACUCCCACAAACACUCCACAGCCUACAGACAAGAAGAAGCCAUCGCCGUCGCGCCGCGGGUCUUCGGCGACGGAAGGCGGCUCGGGCAGCAAGGCCACCACGCCGGCGCCGUCACCGCAGCAUCCGGCCUCCGACGCUCCCCCUCCCCCUAACAAACCACCUGGUGGGUCUACUCCCGGCAGCACCCCAAAAGCGAGUCUGCCGGCAACCUCCCCCAGCUCCAAGUCAACGGAAGCGGUCGGGGUGAUUAGCUCGGUGGCGUCCGCCACCUCGGUACCUUUGCCAGCUAUAACACCAACACCUCCCAGUUCAUCGGCGAGCACGCCCGCAGGGCAGGCGCCCGCAAGGCCACUGUACCAGGAGUCCGUGAUCACGAACACGGACACCGCGGACCCGAAGCAGACCAAGAAGCGCAAGGCAGUGGCCGCGGCCGGCACGCCCACGCCACUCGACUACGCCCCCACGCCGCCUCCCACUGCGGUAUCGGACAUGAACUCGCAGAGUUGCAGUAGUAUGUGGGAAGGGCAGCUGUCUAACGACGUGCAAAUGGACAACGCAGAGAAAAUUGUCAAGAAGGCUAAGACGGAAGCAGCUGAGAUCUUGGGCGUGUCCCACUUUUCGAGCGUGAGCGCCGCGCCGCCGCCGCCGCCGCCGCCGCCCGCACACAGUCCCGCGGCGCAGCCUAGCCCCAGACAUUUACCCAGCCCCAUGCCUGGCCCCAGCGGCGCGAACCCGGCGGCGACCAACAUAAGGUCCCCUUCCCAUCCACAGGGCGUGAAACGCGAGCGCGACAGGCCGGCGUCCCUGCUCGUGUCGGUGCCUUUGCCGUCCACCAGCCACGGACUCAACCUCAGCGCCCAAGCACAGGUAACAGCACCACCAGAGAUGUCGGCACCUUCGCCUCAUAUAUUCCAUCAACCCCAAAAACAGGCCGCCAUGGACCCGGGGAUGAGCCACUCGCCGCACGGAGUCCCGGCGCGCAGCUCCUGGGGCGGCCUCAACGUCGCCUACGAGAUGCAGCAGGACCCCACCAAAUCCAGCGUGAGCUGCCUGCCCGGGUCCAGUAAAGACGGCGGGCUGGCGGUGGCGGGCAUGGGCGGCAUGCCACCCGUCACGGUGCGCAACAAGAAGCGCGCCGCCAUGGCCUCCUCCGUCGUCACCAUGGCCAGCAACCCCACUACAUCCACUAUACAGUCGGCGGCACAAAGCCUGGCCAGCAUUCGCCGGCAGCCGCAGCCCACGCCGCCGCCUAUCUACCAGGAGACCAUUAAGGACUCUCCGCCGAGCUCUCCCAGUUCUGAAAGGCCGCUGAAACCUAAGUUAGAGUCAAAAAUGGGCGGCGGGUACUCGGCGCCGCACAUGCUGGGCAACGAGCUGAACCCGGAGAGCGGCGCGGCAGCGCGCCUUCAGGAGCAGCUGAGCGCCGAGCUGGCGGCGCACGCGGCGGGCGGCGCCGGCCUCGACCCGCUCGUGCCGCCGCCGCUCAUCAACAAGGCGGCCCCGUUCUUAUUCCAGGGCGCGAGCUCGCGCAGCGGGUCGGGCGCGCAGAGCCUCGACCAGCUGCUGGAGCGGCAGUGGGAGCAAGGGUCGCAGUUCCUCAUGGAGCAGGCGCAACAUUUCGACAUAGCGUCGCUGCUGUCGUGCCUGCACCAGCUGCGCACCGAGAAUGUGCGGCUGGAGGAGCACGUGGGCAGCCUGCUGCAGCGCCGCGACCACCUGCUGGCCGUCAACGCGCGCCUCGCCAUUCCGCUCACCGCUGUGCCUACUGGGCCGCCGGAGCCCCGCGGCUGCGCGCGCGAGAAUGGAGGCGCGCGCGCGCCGCCCCCACCCGUGCGCCCCGCCGAGACCAUCACCUCCGACCGCGGCCAUCAGCUGAUGAUGCGCGAAGUGCAGCAGAAGCCUAGCUGAAAGCAGCCUGGGAGCGGCGACAGCGGCGGUGGCGGUGGCGGCGACAGCGGCGCGGGCGGCAGUGGCGCGGCGCGCGACCCCGACGCGCUGCGCACCGUGCAGACCUACAUCAUGCUCGAGCAGCGGCGCCGGGCCGACUUCUCCAUCGACGCCAUUCUCAAGUUCGACCACUAAGCCGGCGCCGACGCGACCGUGGGUGGGUCACUUAUUAGUUGCUGGUUACUGCAUUACCUUAGUGCGGACGAGUCGCGGCGACAUUAUGUUUCUAUUGAUCCUGUAUAAGAAUACAUACCCAUUCUAUAUCAUAUUUAAUUAGGUACUAAUUAACGAUCGUUAGUGCCCAGCUUGUGGCUAUUAUUAAUUCAGUUCUUCUGUAGUGCGAAACGUGAAAAGACACUAAGGGCUCGGACAAUCGUGUAGCUCUCAGAAAAUGUGAAUAACGUUCCGCGACACCGGAGUCGCUUCAGCAUAAUCAGUAGUGUGACGCCGACGCCAGCCGGGCCUGUCGUGAACCACUUAUACGUGCUAAUUUGGACUUCAUUGCGGACGACUAAACACGAGGACAAUCGCUCUGCGCUGUUUAAUAAUUCCGACUAAAUAAAACAAACGCCAUUGCAUUGCGUACUAUCAUGCGUUCCUGCAUUACUACAAUGUAUGUAAGUUGCUCUUAACACUUCAUAUUAUGAUUAUACCAAUAGCAUUGUAUAGAUCAAAUAUCUUUUAAUGGAUUGGGAUUUAUGUUUAAAACUUUUCUGUAAAUAUUUAGUAAGCCCAGCUAUUGUAACACGUUUCAUGUGCAGUAUUUUUUGUGAUAUCGUUGUUAAACUAAAACAUGAUUUGCUUAUUAAGAACUGUUGAAACUUUUGUAUGUUUACAAGAAAAUAACUAAUCAUAUUGACAGCUAUUAUUGUAAUAAAUGGUAAAUGUUUGGUGUUACAAUUGACUGUAUACUCAUUGUUCAGUAUUGUGUUCUUCAAUGUUCUGUAACAUAUCAUAUACAUUCGAAUAUCAUAUUUAACCAGUGCCAUUGCUAUAUAACCAAAGAGUUAUUGACUGUAAAAUAAUAUUUUUUUGUAAAGUCUAAGAAUAAAUUGCGCCCUGAGUUUGACGUUGAAGUAGAUGUCGGUCUAAGCUACGGCACCAUGGUUUUAAUGUUAACUCUUUGCGACAAGGGCAGGAUUCCACCAGAGUGUGAAACAAGCAGUUUUGUAUUGAAUAUGCUUGUGCCGCACAGUGCCGCACACUGGUGGAAUCUCGCCUUUAGAGUUACCGCAUAAUGUCUGCUGUCAAAUUAUAAUCACGUAUUUUUCUUGGACGACUACAACUAUUACAAUCAAUAACUAAAAUUAAGGUUACAAGGUUAAAAGUAAAUGCUCACGCAGAUGGAACAGAAGCUGUUUUAUUGACAAUGUUACGGCUCAAAUAUGUAUAUAAAUAAAAAAAAAACAAAAGUGCAAUUGGCGGCGGUAUUAAUUAAUAUUAACCACCGACAGGAACCCUAUCGAAGGAUCAUUGCGUCCUUAGUGUCCUCUGUAGUUAGUAUUUGCCAGGUUUUAAUAGUACCUAUACUAUUACGCCUACGCUAGAGAACAAAGUCGCAUGUGGCCCCUGUUGAAUUAACUGGACCAUGAAGCCGAAUAGCAUAACCCUUUACAAGGCAACCCUUUGCCACCCACGUAAUAUAUCGUUAACCAUAGUCAGGUUUUAGCUCCAAAUCUCUUACAAAACAUAUUACUACCUACCUGAAAAUAUUAUUUUAUGAUCUUCAUUCACAGCACGCUUCUAAAUCCAAUGUUUCUUUAGCUUUCGUUUGAAUUCACUUGACCAGUAAUCUGGGAUGACACUAUCCCAUUGCUUUGUUAUGGUUUCACUAUGAGGGAACUAUUCUGCCCAUAGCCUGUUAGUUGUCCAGUCGUAUCAUAUAAUAAAAAUUUGGCUGUUUCAUACGUUUUGGCUGGUCCAUUUUCUAUGGGAGGAUAAAAAAUUUUUUUACAAUUUCGUGGUUGGUCCCAUAGUAAAAGUUGCUCAGUAUAAUCCCAAAACCUCCCUGACAACGGGAAUGCCCAUGAUUUUUUAGCCAGCCUGUAUAAAGUACUUAAUAAAACACCCUUGUUCUUCGCGGCCUGGUGAAGGGUUAAAAAGUAAAAGCUUUAAUGCGGUAAGCCUCAAAUGUACAAGCAUAGUACAUUGGGUGUUGAAUGUUAUGAUAAUGUUUCUUGAAUGUCGAAAUAAUCAGUUAGCUAUUUUACAUUUUAAGUUUAGUUCGGCCAUCGCAGUGACUUUAAGACAUGAUAAAAUUCGGUCGCUUCGCGCUAUUCUAUUCUAUUAUAUUCUAUUUUUGUACUAAGUGAGGUUUAUUCAUGUGUUAAGUCAUAUAUAUUUAGCACACACCAAAAUGUCUAAUAUUGAUAGAAACAAUGCUUGUCGCACUAUGCAUUUGAAUUAGCUGUUGAUAUAAUAUUAUUUGAUAAUGUUUGUUUUCUAAUGAUUCUGUGAAUUGAAUACCACUACUACUGACUGUACUGAGUACUAAUUUCUGUAAUUCAAUUUGUUUAAUAACAAAAAAUGUUAUUCAAGUGCAUGUAUUAGUAGGAAGGCGUUUGUAACUUUGUUAAUCUUAAUACAAAUGCUGUUAACAAGGUUAUUUAGAGCAUAACAAUUCUUGUGUAUGGUUUUAUCCGAGAUUUGUAAAAAAACUAAUGGCCUGUUAAUAAUGUCCGGUUGCACCUUACCCUUACCGUCGGUAUUCGUAAUCGUGUUGCUGCUUGUUGUGAAAGGUUCACAACUCUCUUGUGAGUUUCGUAAAUCAGUCCGUUGAUUGUUGUUGGUGCAACAGGAUCUAAGAUUCCUAAGAAAAACUCUUUUGAAUCGGACUUUACGACAAAUAAUAAAAGGCUUUUAUGCAGUGAAGUUUGGGUCGCAAUCUGGAUGUUUCUUUUUUUGUUACAAUUUCCAAAACAUGCAUAUUUAUCUUAUAGUUUAAACUAUACGUAUGAGUAUUUUUUUUUCUGGUUAAUGUUAGUAAAAUAAUUGCGUAAGUAAUUAUUUAUUAAUCACUUGUUCAAUAAAAUCUUUAGUUGGCAGUAAUAAGAGAUAACAUAAACGAUAGAUAUUAGCAUACGUAUUAUGCUAGUGUGCUACCAUCACUGCACCAUUUCCUGCUAUAAAGGGAGUUUUAUACAGUGUGUGGCCUUUUAGCCAUUGGACAAACGAUAAUAUUUUUUUAAUUAGAACAAAAGAAAAAAUAAUUUUUAAACAAGUUAUUCCCAUUCCGGGAGUGGGCAGUCAACGUGAAAAAACGUUCAAUGGCUUGUAAUGGCUUAGUGUCAAAAUGUACACAUCAUUGUGGUCACAGUGGUUUAGUGACAAAUGGUACACAUCUCAAAAUGCAAGUACAACAAAAGGGGUGAUGGACAUAACGCUUCAUUGAUAUAUUCUAACCCGUUCGUAUAAAAAUACCGCAAAUCGAUGUACAGGUUAGCCGUUUGGCACACACAUACUAGAGGCCAAAACAAAAUUUUUGACCCGCAGUUCCUAAAAAAAUUUCGCUGCGGGGGGGUGGUAAACAUAUUUUUUUUUGUAUGAAAAAAUAAAUUUUUCCAUACAAAAAAGCAAGAGAGCAUUUUUGAAAAUAAUUUCAUUUCGAUUUUUUUUUAAUUUCUCAAUAUUGUAAUAUUGAAAAAUUAUUCACAUGAAAGGUAUUUAAAAAAAAUUCUUAAAGAAAUUAUUUUCAAUAUUGCUGUCUUGGGGUUAGAUAUCAAGAUAUUACGUAUUGUUUAUGGUAUAUUGUACAAAAAAAAUCAGUAAGGUACAUAUAUCGUAUCUGAAGGAUACAAUCUUGAUAUUUUGUGUCAAAAACAAAACAAACUAUACCAACUGAUGAAAAGGCGCAGUUAAAGGAUUGAAGAGGUAUUUCCCGUUCGAUAUAUGGAUAUUACGUAUCAUUUUAUGAUUAAUAUGUACCGUAUCUGCAGUACAGUUCCAUAAGUCUAGUGAAAUAGGUAUUGAAGUAGAACUGUGUCACUUUGUAAAAUUGAAAAAUGAAAAAAAUUGUUAAUGAUAUUAUUUCAAAAUUGCUUUCUUGGGGUUCGAUAUCAAGAUAUUACGUAUCAUUUGUGGUAUAUUGUACAAAAAAAAUCAGUAAGGUAAGGCCCCGCUUCCCGGGGCUCCUAUUUUUGGGCGGUUUGCCUUCGGGCAUCUAAAGCUACCUAACAAACCUAACCUACAACCUACGCUUUUUUCCCCAGUGUUAUGUUUUCACGGAUAUCACACUAAAUCAAUGGGUAGGUAGGUUAGGAUCGUAAGGUAGCUUCAGAUACCCGAAGGGCAAACCGCCCAAAGAUAGGAUGGAUUAGGAUAGGGUCUAGUUAAGUUCAAAGUUGAACAUUUUUAGAAUUCAACAUUUUCUCAUGUACUUGUUUUCCUAUAUGCAUUUACACGCGUGUUCGCGUUAGCUAUUAAACAUUAUGGCACUUGUUCGAUUGGACCCGAACACAUUUUAACUGCCGUCCAUUUUAACCAUUGCACAUUUUGCCACAUAGACAGCCGGUCCGUAUGGACAUUUUGACCCCUGCACUUUCCAGCCAUUGAACGUUUUUUCACGUUGACUGCCCACUCCCGGAAUGGUUAUUUCCAAUAAUCGACAACAAAAAGAAACAUACUGUAUUAAUCAUUGGCAAUGUUUUUGACAAUUUGUUCGAAAAGGUUCGGCAAUUAUGACAUUUAUACUGAUUUAAACUAACACGAUUUUCACUCAUAAGAUUCGAUUUUCCUCGCCAGUCUGCCUGUGACCACGAACGUAACGUCACGUUCGAAACGUCAGGCCAUAAAUAAACGUAAGUUUCCACUCGAUGAAGUCCCGUGUUAGUUUUAAAUUAUGACAUUUGUCAAAAGAGAAUGAAAAUGGUCGUAGAAGGUUUCAUACUACACAACUUUGGGAACAAAUCAAAUUAUUUUAUUAAAUUAUUUUGAUAUGUGUUUUUUAAUUGUCACACUAUAUAUAAAUUAUAAACUGAAAUAGAUGUCAUAUAUUAAAGAAAAAAUAACGAAGUCAUCCAGUGGUGAAGGCCGGAUUCGAACCGGCGUCUUUAGCAAUCCGACUAUGCCAUCUUACUGAGACUGCCGCGCCGUGGCGGGAUGGCCUAGGGCUCCAAGGCGUUAGCCCGGAUUGCUGAAGACGCCCGUUCAAAUCCGGCCUUCACCAUUGGAGGGCUUCCUCACUUUUUUAUAUACUAUUUCAGUUUAUAAGGUUUCAUACUAUUCCAUGAGGAUGUAUUACUAUACCUCAGGAGCUAGGAACCGUAACCGCUACACCGAUUGUUAUGUUAUGAUACUUUGUAUACUGCCUCUAAAUACCCUAAUGCUACCCUAGGCUUUGUCCAACGGCUAUAAUAGGGACACACUGUAUAAUCAAUGUAAUUCGUGUAAGUUUUAAUAAAUAGUCUUUAUUUUAUAAGAUUCGACCGCCUCUCGCUUGUAUAUUCACUAGCUAGACGAAUCCUAUCGUCGGCAAUAUCGUGCUAGAAUAUUAUUACGAUGGUCGGAAAUUGCCUUUACAAUAUACAUACAUGCUCUGAAAAUGAUACAAGGUUGGUGUACAAAAGAACGUUAAGGUAGCGAUCACCGUGUUACUUUUACUUGUAAGGCAGCGUUAACGGUGAUAUUGUUCCUGGUUUAUCCCGAUCCCGUGGGGAUAAAUGGUGUACUUGUAUGUUUCGUUUAUUGCUGUUAUUCGUAUACUUACUCUAUUGAAUAUGCUGUACAGUCACCAUCAAAUAGGUAGCCAGUAGUACUAUUAGUUAUUCUGUGAGGUAGCUAAAUAAAUCGGAUCACAUCCUUAUUUCUAUGAUAAGAGAGGUGUGUUACGAUGUGCUUAUUCACUUAGCCGUCACUAAUAUAUUUGAUGCUACUAUAUAUUAGUGCGACUGAGCUAGGUAAUACGAAGGCACAGAUGCGAGCUUAAUGGGUCUGGGUCAAGUUUAAACAGUACACAAAAUAUCUACUUUGAUGACGUUUAGGCUGAUUUCUUCUCACUAACACCAACUAAGUUCUGUUCUGACGAAGAGACUUCAACCUAUUUAUAUGUAUAUGCUAAUUUUUGGUCUCAACCUCUUAAGGUGGUUAGAGGUUAAUAAGCUUAAUGAUGAUGCUGGGAAAGCUUUUACCAAAGGGUCGAAUGCGGCCCGCUGGGCACAUAUGAGUAUGGGUUAGCUGAAUAUCUUGUAAUUUAAUUAAUCAUUCUUGAUCCUUCCUAAUCAUGGUCUCAGCCUGCGUCAGAGUAACAUUAGUAUAAGCAUAACUUCGUUCCAUUGUGACUGAUUUGUUAAUUAGGUUUUAAUUCAAUUAAUGGUUAAUGCCCUUCAAAUAAAUAAUUGUCCUAAUCUGACAUUAGUCUAUCAUAAUACUGAUGUACCGUAAACGGGAACAUUCCCGAGUUGUAUGGAAAAAAUCCUAGCUCUGGAGAAUAUUUAUAUUAUAAUAAAUGAUUUAAUGCAUUUGACAUUAACAUAAACAGCCAAUUGCCAAACAUACUAAUAUUGAAAUAAAUAAAUUCGAUUAAAUAAUA